CAGCAGCCGCCCGGCGGCGCCCGCAGUGCCAUGGACCAUCCAAAAGAGGGUGAGCGGCCGGCGAGGAGCAGCAAGGUGGCACAGGGGCGCAGCGGGCACUCCAGACCCUCCAGCUCCUCAGCCUCCUCCGGGGUGCUCAUGGUGGGACCCAACUUCCGCGUGGGCAAGAAGAUCGGCUGCGGCAACUUCGGAGAACUGAAGCUCGGUAAGAGAGUUUAACGUGAUCUUUAUAAUGGUAGGCCUGUAUUUCAUGUUGAACCACCCAAGGACACUCGGCUUACAUGGGAAACAUAAACUGCUCAGUUGAACUGAUCUUUUUUGUGUUGAACAUUUCAUAUCAUGUGUUGGCCGCUAGUGUUGCCAUGAUACCAACAUUUUACUAACAAUACGAUACCAGACCAAGUAUCACGAUACUGAGUAGUAUCGCGAUACCACAGGGAAAACAUUCAGUGGCUUUGCAUCCUGUGGCCUAACUGAUAAAACUACAAAGUUUUGAUUUGUAAAGUUUUAAAUAGAGUAUCUUCUUGCACAUCACGAUAUAGCGUCAAUGUCAAAUAUCACGAUAUUUGAUUUAAUCAUAUAUCAGCCCAAGCCUAUAAGUAUCAUGAUGUUUUUGUACCGUGAUAUUACCGUGGUAACAGUAUACCGUGCAACACUAUUGGCCACACAAGCCUCCCAAGCCCAGCAUGGCUUAUGUUGUCAAUAGUGCUUUUAUUUGGGCUCACGGGGAUAGGCCUAUAUUGAUACUGAUUUAUUCAUGCCUGCUUCAUAGUAAUCACAUGAAUAAUGCACAUGAUUUCAGUGGCUUUUCCUGUCCUAUCAUGGCCAGGAACAUAAAAGCCAUAUUUCAGAUGCUAAAUUCAUGACAUUCUCACAAUCCAAUGACACGGAGGACUGAGGUUUAUCAGCUUCAAAGUGUGUUAUAACUGGUUAUAUUAUAACCUCGCACAUCAACACAAGACCGACACACAGACUGGCUCUGAGACCCAUCAGCGCUAACAUUGUGUUUGUGUACAGAAUGUAGUAUCACAUGUGGCGCUCUGCUAUGCACCAAAAAUCAAUGGAUGUCUGUUAAUUGUAGAUUAGCUAGUACACCUGAUGGCCAAAGGCGGGGCCUGCUUGCUGAAUGGAACAUACUGGGGUCACCCCAAUGAUGUAUAUAAAACUUGGAUUGCUGCUGCUAUGUAUUGGCCAUUGAGAGGCUUUGAAGCCACCCGUCGGCCAUAUUGGCACUCCCCAGUAGGAGCAGUCCUCCAGAGGAAUGAAUGGAAUUCUACAGUAUUUAAAUAAAUAAAAAAUGAGAAUGUAUUUAACUAUUUUGUUGUAACAUUAGUUAUCUCAAAAUUAUACUUUAAGGAAAAUUUUAGCUCACAUAAUAUAAUUUAAAAGUAUGCAUAAGGUAUCUGUAAUAUAAUACAUGUGGCAAAAAAAACAAAUGUAGACAUUAAUAAAUACAUAAAAUAGCUUCCAAAAUAUUUUUUGCAAUGGUGGGGUAGUGCCAAGAUGGCAGCACGGUGGCUUCAACACACCGCCCCCCAAUAGUAAUCUAGUGUAUAUAUCAAUUAUUGGGUCACACAAAAACCUCUGUCUAGAUGGAUGGAUGGAUGGAUGGAUGGAUACAAACACACACACUCCUUUUUCUUGAGGCUGGGCUGAAGUGCCCCUGAGCAACACAGAGUUCACUAUUUUCCAUGGCUUUUUUUGUCCUGCUCUGACACUGCUUUUGGAGAUGGUCAUUCACUAUCUACUAGGCUAAACACCAAAACACUCUAUUUAGGCUAGCCCUUCAGUAGGUUGAAUAAUAACCAAAGUGCUCUUAUCUGAAUGCCACCUCUCUCUGCUUUGUUUCAGGUAAAAAUCUCUACACCAACGAGUAUGUAGCUAUUAAACUGGUAAGUACUCGUUCCUGUAAAAAUAAACUACACUGAACAAAAAUAUAAAUGCAUCAUUGUUGUUCCCAUGUUUCAUGAGCUGAAAUAAAAGAUUCCAGACAUUUCCCAUAUACACAAAAAGCUUAUUUCUCUCACAUUUUGUGCACAAAUUUGUUGACAUCCCUGUUAGUGAUCAUUUCUCCUAUCGCCAAGAUAAUCCAUCCACCUGACAGGUGUGGCAUAUCUAGAAGCUGAUUAAACAGCAUGAUCAUUACACAGGUGCACCUUGUGCUGGGGACAAUAAAAGGCCACUAAAAUGUGCAGUUUUGUCACACAACACAAUGCCACAGAUGUCUCAUGUUUUGAGGGAGUGUGCAAUUGGCAUGCUGACUGCAGGAAUGUCCACCAGAGUUGUUUCCAGAGAAUUGAAAGUUAAUUUACUCUACCAUAAGCUGCCUCCAACAUCGUUUUAGAGAAUUUGGCAGUACGUCCAACCGGCCUCACAACCGCAGACCACGUGUAACCACGCCAGCCCAGGACCUCCACAUCCGGCUUCUUCACCUGCGGCAUCGUCUGAGACCAGCCUCCCGGACAGCUGUUGAAACUAUGGGUUUGCACAACCGAAUAACUUCUGCACAAACUGUCAGAAACCGUCUCAGGGAAGCUCAUCUGCGUGUUCAUCGUCCUCACCAGGGUCUUGACCUGAGAGUAGUUUGGCGUCAUAACCGACUUCGGUGGGCAAAUGCUCAUCUUCGAUGGCCACUGGCACGCUGGAGAAGUGUGCUCUUCACGGAUGAAUCCCGGUUUCGACUGUACAGGUUUGCUGAUGUCAGCGUUGUGAACAGUGCCCCAUGGUGGGGUUAUGGUAUGGGCAGGCUACGGACAACAAACAUAAUUUUAUUUGAUCAAUGGCAAUUUGAAUGCACAGAGAUACCAUGACGAGAUCCUGAGGCCCAUUGCCGUGCCAUUCAUCUGCCACAAUCACCCGAUGUUUCAGCAUGGUAAUGCACGGCGCCAUGUCGCAAGGAUCUGUACACAAUUCCUGGAAGCUGAAAAUGUCCAGGUUCUUCCAUGGCCUGCAUACUCACCAGACAUGUCACCCAUUGAGCAUGUUUUUGAUGCUCUGGAUCGCCGUGUACGACAGCGUGUUCCAGUUCCCGCCAACAUCCAGCAACUUCGCACAGCCAUUGAAGAAGAAUGGGACAACAUUCCUCAGGUCACAAUCAACAGCCUGAUCAACUCUAUGCGAAGGAGAUGUGUCACGCUGCAUGAGGCAAUUGGUCACACCAGAUACUGACUGUCAUGUGAAAUCCAUAGAUUAGGGCCUAAUGAAUUUAUUUCAAUUUACCGGUUUUCCUUAUAUGAACUGUAACUCUGUAAAAUCCUAGAAAUUGCUGCAAGUUGCGUUUUAUUUUUGUUAAGUGUAAAACAUAUCAUAACGCUUUGCAACAUGCCAACAUGUAGCAUAAACAUGUUAUAGCCAUCACAUGCGUUUAUAUGAUUAAUUGUCUGCAUGAGCGAUUUUAAUUUUUCCCCUAUCGCAUAUUUUCAUAAGAGCUUUCAUAUCUUGCGACAUGCCCUUGAUCCUAAACCAACACUGCAGUUAGCAGUGACUAAAAGGCCUGAUAUAUAGGCUACAGUUAGCAGUGACUAAAAUGCCUGAUAUAUAGGCUACAGUUAGCAGUGACUAAAAUGCCUGAUAUAUAGGCUACGGUUAGCAGUGACUAAAAGGCCUGAUAUAUAGGCUACAGUUAGCAGUGACUAAAAUGCCUGAUAUAUAGGCUACGGUUAGCAGUGACUAAAAGGCCUGAUAUAUAUAUAUAUAUAUAUAUAUAGGCUACAGUUAGCAGUGACUAAAAGGCCUGAUAUAUAGGCUACAGUUAGCAGUGACUAAAAUGCCUGAUAUAUAGGCUACGGUUAGCAGUGACUAAAAGGCCUGAUAUAUAUAUAUAUAUAUAUAUAUAUAUAUAUAGGCUACAGUUAGCAGUGACUAAAAUGCCUGAUAUAUAGGCUACAGUUAGCAGUGACUAAAAUGCCUGAUAUAUAUAUAUAUAUAUAUCAGGCCUUUUAGUCACUGCUAACCGUAGCCUAUAUAUCAGGCAUUUUAGUCACUGCUAACUGUAGCCUAUAUAUCAGGCAUUUUAGUCACUGCUAACUGUAGCCUAUAUAUCAGGCAUUUUAGUCACUGCUAACUGUAGCAUAUAUAUAUAUAUAUAUAUAUAUAUAUAUAUAUAUAUAUAUAUAUGCUACAGUUAGCAGUGACUAAAAUGCCUGAUAUAUAGGCUACAGUUAGCAGUGACUAAAAUGCCUGAUUAAGUUGUUGACAGUCAACAUGGCGAGCCCUGGUUGUAAUUCCCCUGGAGGACACGUCUAGAGGAGAUUGGGGGCUGUCGUAUGAGGCAACUGACGGAAGCACUGCUCUGUAUGCUUAGAUUCAGGGCAGAGUGAAUGCAUAUCAAUUGUAGCCUACUGAAGUCUUUCUUUACAAACUAAUCUUUCUGAGGAUUAAUACUGAAAGGGAAAUUAGACUUGUAUUUUUUAGGUGGAAGUGACUAGGCCUAAUUGUCAGCAUACCACCCUGCAUCCCACUGCUGGCUUGCCUCUGAAGCUAAGCAGGGUUGCCCGUAGUAGGUCCCUGGAUGGGGAGACCAGAUUCUGCUGGAAGUGGUGUUCGAUGGCCCUCUGGUCUUAUGAUCAAAUCCCAAUGCUCCAGGGCAGUGAAGGGGACAUUGCCCUGCAUAGGGUGCCAUCUUUCGGAUGUGACAUUAAACAGGUGUCCCGACUCUCUGUGGUCAUUAAAAAUCCCAUGGCACUUGCCCCAGAGUAAGGGUGUUAAUCCCGGUGUCCUUGCUAAAUUCCCAACCUGGCCCCAUUUCCAUCAUGGUCACCUAAUCAUCCCUCUCAUUCCUAAUUGGCAUUUAUCACCGCUCCACAAUGCUAGCUGAUGUGUGGUGAGCAUUCUGGCACAAAAUGGUUGUUUUCUCCUUACCAUGUAAAGCGCUUUGAGUACCUCAGUUGGUAGAAAGGCGCUAAAUUCAAUCCAUUAUUAUUUCAUCAUGGUGGAAACCAUAGGUAUAGAAGCCCUGACACAUUGUCUAUGGUAGAAAGACAACACGAUUGACUUUAUAAUGUACAAUGUGGAGGACUGAGAAGGUUUAGCGGCAUCAGAGUGUGCUGUUAUAACCUCCCAAAUCAACACAACAACUGUCUCUUUGACCCGUCAGAGCUAACGUUGUGUUUAUGUACAAAAUCAUACUAAACUAGGCGUGCGCCAUCACGCGCAUGUUGAUUUUGUCCACCCACACCAGACGCAAUCAGGACACGCAGGUUGAAAUGUCAAAACGAACUCUGAACCAACUAUAUUAAUUUGGGGACAGGUCGAAAAGCAUUAAACAUUUAUGGCAAUUUAGCUAGCUAGCUUGCUGUUGCUAGCUAAUUUGUCCUGGGAUAUAAACAUUGGGUUGUUAUUUUACCUAAAAUGCACAAGGUCCUCUGACAAUUAAUCCACAGAUAAAAGGGUAAACCGAGUUUGUUUCUAGUAAUCUCUCCUCCGUCAGGCUGCUUCUUCUUCUUUGGUCUUUAUAUGGCGGUUGGCAACCAACUUUAAGGUGCAUUAACACCACCAACUGGACUGGAGUGUGGACCUAAUUUAAUCAUUCAAUCACCCACAUGGGUAUAUGCUCCUAAAAACCAAUGAGUAGAUGGGAGAGUCGGGACUUGCAGCACGUCAAACAUCACAAAUCGAACCAAGUUCUAUUUUAGCGCCUGUCUACGCAGAUGCUCGUUGGCGUGCGCAAUGAUUUAAAUAACAUGUAUGUGUACAUUUUAUUUUUGCAAUGCUCUCGUACGUAACGCGAGCGGUGUGGUCAGCAUGUAACGCAGAAUUCUCUGUUUUUCACCCAGGGAAAAAAAUGAUAAAACACAUAAAUAUCUUACUGUAUUUUUGUAAACCUUAUUGUAAUUUCUGCUGUCAUCAGACUAAUUUUGUGCUUCAGUUGCAAGUCUCCUCUCAGGGUGAGAAUUCACACGAACGGGCGUUCUAUCAGCAGACAGCUCUCUGACUGAUGUUUAGCUACUUUUCUCUGGUAAAAUGCAAGAUUAACAUCAAGUAAAACAUUUAGGAAAUGUAGCUGGCUGCAUUCUUUCUAUGAUAAACAUUAGAAAUAUGAUGACCAUGCAUAGUUUUUUGCAACAACAAAAAACGUGGUAUUUCAUUGUAAGCUCAUUUACUUGUGUGGCUGCCAGCCAAAAAGCAUUGCACUUCUGUUGUCAUCUGAUGAAAAUGAUGCUAUUUUCUGCCGAAUAUGUUGCACUAAUGUGUUUUUGGUGAAGGAAAACUAUAGUUGCACUCCCCGGACAACUUUUAUUGAAGCAAAAAAACACUUGACUUUCAAUAUAAAACGCAGGUGAAAUUAUUUAAAACAGAUUUUUUGAAAAUGCUGAUUUCUGAACUCUAACGCGACCCCUGUAAAGGAUACCUGUUAGCAUGUAUUGAAGUUAGUAGGCCAAAUGCUCUUCAUACAUCACAAGCUAGGCUGGGAUAUGUGUGGCACGAUGGUACCUUGGCAGGACUGUUCUGGACAAGCAGAUAAAUAGUAGCUGGUGGAAAUGAAGUUAGCAAAACUCAUUCCAAUUUAGGUGUGCCUCCAAAAGCCGUGGCACAGGAAAUUACUCAUGCCAUUAUAAUAGCUCUCCAGGUGGCUAUAAAUUGCUGUACUACCAAAAAUAUGAAGUUCGCAAAACGGUCUCAUUCCAAUUUAAGUCAGCAAUUUGAACCCAAAUGCUGCGGGAAAAACUGCCAGUCAGUAAAAGGGUGUGUUCUUUUCCCAUUGUUAAUUGAAGUGCUUUGUUGUACCCUGUCGCACAGGAACCAGUCAAGUCGAGGGCACCACAGUUACAUUUGGAGUACCGGUUCUACAAAACAUUAGGAAGUAC